CGAACCUACUUUGGAGCAGCGACCUUGCGAAACCGCCUGCAUGUCUUCGGCGGCCAAAAUUUAGACUACAAGGCGCUGUGCGACGUCGAGAUUUACGACUGCCUCCGAGAUACCUGGGAGGCGGGCUCCGCAAUGCGAUUCCCACGUCGGAACUGUGGGAGCUGCGAGUUGGAGGGCCGGGUCUACGCUUUGGGAGGGUUCGAUGGGACUCGGAUCCUCAACUCCGUCGAGGCCUACGACAGUCGACUGAAGAGUUGGAUGCAGAUGGAACCUCUGCCUACACCUCGCUCGUCAGCUAUGGCCACUACCAGUGGCGGGAAAGUGUGGGUGCUGGGCGGCACAUCCGGGACAAG